UGUCUUUGCCUAGGAAAGGUCUAGAACAGAGUGUGUGGUAGUUGAGAAGGUUAAGUCUGAGAAAAGAGAUCUCCACCAGGGUGCUGUGGACAGAGAAUUAGAUUGGGAAGACCUAGGCCGGAGUCUUUUCCCUGUUAUUUACCAUCUUUUUGGCUUUGGGUCAAACUCUUCCCUCUAUAAACCUUAGUUUCCUUAUAUGGAAAAUGAGAAGGUUGGACUAGGUAACUGAUCUACUCUCUUCCAGCACCAAAUUCUAUCUUCUCACUUAUUAGAAGAUGUGGUGCAAGGAUUAUCACUGGCCAAGAUAAAAGACUUCAAACCUCCCUCCAUGCUUAAUAAUGCUCAGGUCACCGCAAUAAUUAUCUCUUUCUUCAGCCCUGACAGGUUGGCUUCUGGCUUUGAAACCUUUUCUUGUGAUCAUGUGUUUUGUGUGGAAGGAGCCCCUCCCAGUGAUCAUCAUUGGUAAUGGCCCUUCAGGAAUCUGUCUGUCCUAUUUGCUGUCUGGCUAUACACCUUAUAUGAAAGCUGAUGCUGUCCAUCCACAUCCCCUCCUGCACAUGAAACUGACUGAGAAGCCUCAUGUCUCCAUCCUGGACCAGGACUUGGACUAUCUGUCAGAGGGCUUGGAGGGCAGAAGUCAAAGCCCUGUAGCUCUGCUCUUUGAUGCUCUCCUGCGCCCAGACACAGAUUUUGGAGGAAAUACUGAGUCUGUCCUCACCUGGGAACACCGAACAGAACAAAUGAUCUCCCAUCUGGUCCUGGGUCGCAGUCUCCCUGGAGGGGCCUGGCAUUCCAUCGAAGGCUCUAUGGUGACCUUAAGCCAAGGCGAGUGGAUGGGGCUCCCUGACCUGAAGUUUAAAGACUGGAUGCAGAGGAAGCGCAGGGGCCUGCGGGACUGCCGGGCCACAGCUGGGGACAUUGCCCAUUAUUACCAGGACUACGUGGUGAAGAAGGGACUCAGCCACAACUUCCUCUGUGGCUCUGUGGUCACGGCCGUGGACAUUGAGACCCCCGAGUCAGAGGAACUCGGGGGCCAGCAGGAUGGGAGCCCCCUGUUCAUGGUGAGUGGCUUUAUGACCACCAAAGAUGGGAGCCAGAAGCCUUUCAGUCUCCGUGCCCGCAAUCUGGUCCUGGCCACAGGCACAUCAGACAGCCCGGCCCGGUUGGGCAUUGCUGGAGAGGACCUUCCCUACGUUCACUAUGAGCUCUCUGCCCUGGAAGAGGCCCUGAAGGCUGGGAUCGUGACACCUACCUCUGACCCCGUCCUCAUUAUCGGGGCUGGGCUGUCGGCGGCUGAUGCUGUCCUGUACGCUCGGCGCUACAGCCUUCCGGUGAUCCACGCGUUCCGCCGACCAGUGAACGACCCUGACCUCAUCUUCAACCAGCUGCCCAAGAAGAUGUACCCAGAGUACCAAAAAGUGCACCAAAUGAUGCAGGAGAAAUCCAUCCUCUCUCCCACCGCCUACAAAGGCUACUUGAGCCUGCCCAAGCAUCGGCCCCUGCUCUUCCAGGAGGACCGCCAGGCUGUGUUCCAGGACCAAAAUGGAGAGCACAGGUUGUUCAGGGUCUCCCUUGUGCUGGUGCUCAUUGGCUCCUACCCUGACCUCUCCUUCCUGGCCAAUGGCGGCACUGACUUAACUGUGGACCCAGACCAACCACUCAGCCCCAAGAGGAACCCCAUUGACGUUGACCCCUUCACCUAUCAGAGCACCCGGCAGAGGGGCCUCUAUGCCAUAGGGCCCCUGGUGGGAGACCACUUUGUGAGAUUCUUGCAGGGAGGGGCCCUGGCUGUGGCCAGUUCCCUGCUGAAAGAGAGUAGGAAGCCUCCCUAGGACUGCCCCUGCCCACCCUAUAUGCCCCCAAUCUUACAGCCCCAGCUCAGAUUAGGAAGGAGACUUGCUUAGUCCUGCCUGGUACAAAGGCUGGGGCUCAGACAAUUGGGAGGCCCCAAUGUGGGCCUCCCCUGGAGGGACAUCUUCCUGGAGGGAGGAUAUAAAGGGGGGAGGAGUGGGAAGGGCAGGAUUCUAAAGACAGUUCCUUGUUAAUAGACCAAAAGGCCCUUGCCCUGCGACAGGGAUAGUGAUUGUGCAUCUGGCUGGGCCAGAAUCUGAGAGGUACCCUUAGUACUGACCAUCCCAAAAGUUUCCUGAACCCAGAUGAGAUCUGUGGGCCUUUAGAACUUCAAGCUCUCAGAGCCCCAAAGCCUGGGCCAGCGAGCAUCACUGAUGUUGAGCUCAGCCAGGGGAAGUUACUAACUUCUGCUCUUUCCCAGGACUACAUCUUGAAUAAACUAAAUAACUGCCAAAAUAA